AUUCCGAGGAAUGUCCGCAAUUGGUCAACCUGUGAGUCCUGCGAAUCCCGUGUGAGUGCUGUGCGUGCCCAGACGACGGCGGUGGGCAGUUCAAUUAUGGAGACCGUCGCUAUUUUGGCCCUGCUGCUUGGCCUGUUCAUUCGAAGUGGCUACUGCAUAGACUGUUUCAAGUGCGUGUCCUACAAUGGUGCCAACAAGGCCUGCGACGACCCCUUUCACAACAACUACUCGACGGCCAUUUUGGAGUCGCCCUGCAUGGGCGGCCGGAAGGGGCGUGACGGCCUGUUUCCGGCCACCGCUUGCAUCAAGAUCGCCGGCUAUUACGAUGGAACUGGCGAGACGAUAACGGUGAGGGGUUGCGCCCUGGACAGCGGCACUCUGACCACCGACACAGAGAUUAUAAGAAUGUCGCACUGCGGAAAGUUCUACUACGAUGACAAGUACGUGCACGGGUGCUUGCAGAGCUGCAGCGAUGCGGAUGCCUGCAACUCUGCCAGGAGGCAGGGCGCGAGUCCGGCAGAUCUUGAGUCGCUGAUGAGGCACCUGCUCAGCCUGGUGGUGUUCCUGCUGGCUGCCAGCAGGUAGCAUAGUCGAUAUCUGUAGAUCCAGUAUCCGGAGCAGGAGAAGCAGACGGAAAUAUGGCUGCAGGGGAAAUGAGGCAGUCGGGAGGGCAUUCAAGUCGUCUUGGAUGCGCGUGGAAAUCCUUUUCUUUUCCUUCGAAUCUCUCUGUGUCUAGGAUCGCAAUCGCACCCAAAUGUAAACGCACUCGAGCUGCUGCAGCAAGGACACGCUCGGAAACACACUCUCUCUUACACACAAUAACAUUAUGGAAUUCAUCAAGCAAUUAUGUGAUUUUUAAGCGAAUACUUAACAACUAUCAAACAAUAAUUGAUGAGCGCGAACGGAAACUAUUUAGAUGCUAAGCAUUCGAGUGGCGAAAAUCAAAGAAAAACACUGCAAACCAAAUUCAAAUUCUAAUUGCAAUUAUUUUUAGCUUCUAAGGAAGGAAUCUAGACUUUAAACGCUGUCGCUUAGUGAAAGGCAGGAAUGGUUUACGAUUUAUAUACGAUGUGUUUUACCUUGGCAUAAGUAAGCAUUUUUCACCUCUCUAGAUGAGUAUGUACAUAUACAAAAACAAUUUACCUAUUUGUUAAACGAGUGCUGAAUUUUGGGCAGAUUAUAAAUAGUUGUGUAAAUGGAUUAGUGAGUAAAAUUAGCAACGAAAACUGCGAGCUACAAAGUGGGAGGGAAUUCUUUUUUUAUAGAUUGAUGUAAUAACGUCAUCUUUAUUUAAACUUUUGUGAUUUGCAUUAUCAGACCGCAAAUAGAUUACUCGCUUUACUCGGAACUGGCUGAACUAUUUACUAGUUUUUUAUAUUAAAAAUUACUUCUAUUAAGUCCUAAAUCAAGCCAUAAAUGCCGGUCAUAAAUGACACAAUUCGUUGCUAUAUGGACUUCUGAAUUUAGACACCCAACUACUAACACUUACCACCUUACCAGUCUGGUGCGGUUGAUUCACCGGCAGAUUGGUUAUCAUGUCCGGAUAACCUGAUAGGAUAUCGGUUACCUAGGUGUUGCCUAGCAGCCGCCAAGAAUAACGAUCGCACUUGCUUAGUACAUUCAAGCAGCUCAAUCGAAAUGGACGGUAAGCACUGGCACACUCCCCUUUUCCGUUCGGAUCCUCCAAUUUAGCGGGAUCAUUUCGCUGACUUGCAGGUCACAGCUGGCUUCACUUCAGCCACGGAGCAAUUCCCCAGGCAGCCGUAGUGGCUGGCCACGAUUCCGAUGGCGACACCAUCUUCAUUGGCCGCGCCUUCUAAUGCAACGACAUGCUGCCGGCCAAGAUUAUCCCCAACAAGGGCAAGGCCUACGUGGCGUAUGCCAACCAGGAGGUGGAGCUGGAGAACUACGAGGUCCUCAGCGGCUUCAACUACGAGUGGCUGCCGGCCGAGAACGGAGAGGUGCCUCCCGGCGCCGUCAAGGUGGGCCAGAAUGUCGACGGAGAGACCUUGUACGCCGGAAGGGGCUACCAUGCCGGCAGUUUGACCGUGGGCAAGGUGCAUCCGUCCCACGGCUGCCUGUACAUUCCCUACGAUUCCGAGGAGGUGAAGAUCUUCGCCUACGAGGUUCUGUCCCGUCGCAUGGAGGCCAGAUAGGUGCUCCAUUUCCACUUAUUGCCUGUUAAUCACAAAUAAAUUUGACACUUUUUUGUAGA